AUGGCUGCGGUGGCAACCGCAUAUGAGACGGGAAUGCUGCCGCCGCCAAGCGCAAUACCGGCGAUCGAUCGCCUGCGCGACGCGAAACGGCGCUUCAUGGUGACUGAGGGUCUGAGAAACUCGAGUAGUUCGGGCGACGUGCCCACGGCCCUGCCUUCGCUCAUGACACAAGCCUCGCUUCGAAGUCGCACAAGCAACAGCAACAACAUCAACAAUAGCAGUAGCGGGAUUGUGGUGCCUCCUGGGAAGCACGGGCAUCUGCAGCACAACACCCCGCCCAUUCUAGGGCUCUCCAGCAUUCGACGGCCUCCAGCGGGGGACUCGGACAGCAACAGCGUAUUGACGCUUAUGAUGCUGAACUCCACGAGUCGCAGUAUACCGGCGGUUGCGCGGCAGGGAAACGUGGCGAACUCCAGUCCAACUGUGGCAUCGUCUUUGCUGGCUGGUAGCGGCGAGGAACGCGCCAACAAUGCGUCGCUGCCGUCAUCCUCCUGUCGAGGGGUGUACUGCAGCAGCAGCGGCGGCUCCGACGAUACCGCGCCCGCCCUACGACGAGAGUCGCACGCCCAUUGCGUGACGGACCUGAUGCUCUGCGAUGCGUACCGUCGCAACUUCGAGAUGCAACGUGAGGAUUCGUUGCGACAGGAGGAGGAGUACCGCCGUCGACGCGAUGCUGCGCGUACGGAGGUGAUGCGCUUUGUGUCUCAAGCGAUGCGUCUGAACAGCGCAAUGGGGCUGCAGCGGAGGAUUUAUGAACAGGCGAUGCAGCAACCGCUAGAGGUGACCACACUGAUGGCUCCGAUGACGACAGCAGAAGCAGCACUGGUGCUGCCGCGGUCUUCCUUUCCCCGACUAAUUCCUCCAGUGCCAACAAAAGGAAUAAGUGAAGCCGGCAGCUCCACUUCAAGGGGUAUUGGCACUGGCGGCGCGCAGAUUGCGCUGGCGCUCCUCAAGUCGCGCUUUGCAUCUGGUUGUUCGCCGCUGAUCGUGACGGCAGACGGUAGACCCCCCCAGAGACCGGUCCUGCUGCAGCCGACCGAGGCUACAGCACCGCUCACAGAAGAGAAUAUGCUGUUACCAGCGUGGUUGGCCUCGGCUGGGGAGAGUGUACCGUCCAUGAAAACACCCAGUCAUGAUGAUAACACUACAGUAACGGCAUCGUAUGUCUGUGCUGGUGGUGGGAAUGGCGAAGAAGACAGUACAGUGGCGAACAGCGCUGUGUUUACACACGCAGCUGCGACGGCGCCGACAGUGGUGUACGACAGUCGGAACCGCCGCGAAGGGAGUGAUGUGAAAACGAAGGAUGAUGUGGCAACAGUCAAACAAGAGCCUGCUCCCCAACAGAUGUCGCUACCAGCAGAGGAGCAGCGUGCCCUGGACCUGCUCUCCUCCGUCCGCGUGCUGCGCCGCCAGACGGAGGAUCUCGCCAUCAGAGUGCUGCACACAGCGGGUGAGUGGCGCUGCUGGGAGAGGCCGGAGUCAAGUGCGUUCCGCGGCCUUUUUCUACUGCCAAGGGAGACGGCGCGUGUGCUGCGGGAGGAGUCGGCCGCGGAAUUGCGGCUGGUGCAAAUGUCGGCUGAUGAAAGGCAGCAGAAAGGGGAGACGCACCCACUCACGGCCGAGCUGCUUCGGCAGAGGCCUUUCAAGCGCACGCUUCCACCUCCACCUCCUGUGUUGGUCCAGUUGGAAAUGUUUAAACUCAACAAUCGCCAGAAAAAACAAUACAACAAACACUACGACGAUCAGCUGCAGCAGCGGCAGCAGCAUUGCCGGAGCCAUAUACAACUUCAUAGAGAGGAUGAGGAGGAGGAGGAGGAGCUGGUGACGGCGGAGGAAGGGGACCCACUUGCAACGCCGCAUCGCGAGGGUCGUGGCACAUCGUCGUGGCAGCCACACCUUCGGCAGCGUCUUCUGCCGGAAAGAGCAACAGCCCUCGAGGAGAGUGAGAGUAGAGUGAAAAGGCAGCACGAGAAGCACGAGCCAGAGCAGCUCCCAACGCGAGCUGAACAAGACGCCCGCAUCGCGGAGGCCCUCUCACGCACAGAGCCUCCUCCCCAUCUUGCAGCAGCACUAAGAGCGUCAGCAACUGCAACAGCAGCGAUAAAGACGAAUUCACCGCCCCCUGCAUCGCAGACAGAAAUGAGACAGUUCCGCCCCCUUAGAUCAUCCACGACGUCCUCACGUUCUACGAGCCGGACGGAUGACGGAGGCAGUAGCAGCAGCAGUUCUACAUGCUCCACCACCUCAUCGUCGUCGUUGUCUCCCAGCGGUGCUCGACGCGGCGGUACAAAGCCGUGCACGGCGGAAAAGAAUAAAGAUAUCUCUUCACGGCCUGGGGAUGCCACGACGAAAGCGUCAAAAAAGGAGGGUCUUCGCCAAUCACUCAACGCCGCGGCGCUACCUCGUUCUGUAUCUUUUUCUGUUGGUGGUGAGGCUACGACGACGGCGGGGGAAGCCAAGACGGGGGCGUCGGGGACCAUCUCACGAAGGCCCUCCUUCACAAGUGCUGUUAUUCCUCCGCUCGAAACCUCGGAGAGGUCCGACACGCCUCUGCACCCGGUCUUCCAUGCGGAGUACGUCUGCGAGGGUAUGCCGUCUGACGGUAAGAAGAAAAAGAAGGGUAUGGUAAGGCGCGUGCUCCGAUUCUUUUCAAGGGGCAUCUGUGGUGGGGGCGGCAGCAGAAAGAGCGGCAGCGCUGUGGCGAACGGACGGGGGCGGGCGACAACGAAAGAGGGGGAAUCCAUAGAGUGA